AGUACUGCCCCCACACAAACCAUAGCCAGAAGAGUAUACAAGACCCUUAAAGAAUAAAGUCUUAAAACAUGCCAGCAUUUGCCACCAACAUGAGGCUCAAAUUCCCAAUCUUGGCUCUGAUUCUGGAAGUGGUGACCAUCGUCCUGUACGCUUUGUUUGUGGUGUAUGACACGAGGGAUCUUCACAACCAUCAUGAUGGAGGGAAUCAAACUCACGCUGAAAGCCCAAUGACACUCUACCCCAUGUUUCAGGAUGUACACGUGAUGAUCUUCAUUGGCUUUGGUUUCUUGAUGACCUUCCUAAAGAAGUAUGGUUUCAGCAGUGUGGGCAUCAAUCUGCUGCUGGCCGCCUUUGGUUUGCAAUGGGGUCUUCUCCUCCAGAACGUCUGGCACAUGCAUGAUGGAAAAAUAAACGUCUCCAUCGAAAAGAUGAUUAAUGCUGACUUCAGUACAGCAACGGUACUGAUCUCAUUCGGAGCCGUUUUGGGGAAAACCAGUCCUGUCCAGCUUCUCAUCAUGACCCUGUUGGAGAUCACCACCUUCUGCAUCAAUGAACAUCUGGUUGUAGAAAUCAUUGGGGCAUCUGAUGUUGGCGCAUCUAUGACCAUCCAUGCAUUUGGGGCUUACUUUGGCUUGGCUGUCGCUCGUGUCUUAUAUCGCCCGGCUCUUCGGAACGGUCACGAGAAUGACGGAUCGGUGUACCACUCAGACAUGUUUGCAAUGAUCGGCACUGUUUACCUGUGGAUGUUCUGGCCAAGCUUCAAUUCUGCUAUCGCUACUCCGGGUGACGCUCAAUUAACAGCUGUUAUCAACACAUAUUUCUCGUUGGCCGCCUGUGCACUGGCUGCUUACGCAACUUCCAGUCUGGUAGAGAAGAAGGGGAAACUGGACAUGGUCCACAUUCAGAACGCCACAUUGGCUGGUGGUGUCGCUGUGGGGACCUGCGCAGACAUGAGCAUCCAGCCAUUCGGAGCGAUGCUGAUCGGAAUCACUGCAGGCAUCAUCUCCACCCUCGGCUUCAAGUUCCUCACUCCCAUCCUUGCCUCCAAACUGGGAAUUCAAGACACCUGUGGUGUGCACAACCUGCACGGCAUGCCAGGCAUACUGGGAGGACUUGCUGGCAUAGUGGCGGCGGCACUUCAAAAGAAGGAUGGUGUUACAGCAGCUAUGCAGGCAGGAGGUUUGGCAUCAUCUCUGGGCAUUGCUUUGGUGGGUGGACUCAUCACAGGUCUGAUCAUGAAGAUUCCAUUCUGGAGUCAACCACCUGACCAAAACUGUUUUGAUGACUCCAUUUACUGGGAGGUUCCCGAGGAAGAACACGAGCACGAAGAGCGUUUGGCUCAUGGCGAAUAUUCCAAGAACAAAGAUGAAGCUUAAAGCUUCGAACCAACUUGCUUUACAAAUCAAAACCGAUCCGUUAAGCACCUCAGGGCUUCUCAACCAUCAGCAUCUUUGACACUUACUAAAAUCUUUAACAUGACCAACUUACUAUAUGUAUGGGGAAAUGUUUUAAAAUGUGUGGGGUUUUUUCUAACAUUUUUUGAAAAAUGAUUUCGGAAAGCUUUUGAAAAUGACAGUAUAUACUAAAAUGCAAGAUGCUUAAAAGUGUAUUACAGAAAAGUUCAUUUACAAUCAAAGUGAAGAUAAGUUGGUCACAACAAUGAAAAUAACCAGUGUGACACUAUGGAUCUUAUGAACGUGCUCAAACAAAGUCGCUCACUGUAAUUUGUCAAAAACCUGAGCCAAUGUGAGACUUCUUUCCUGAGUGUCUUUUAUCUGAGUAGUUUAAUAAGCUUUUACACAGACCUAGUUUUUAUCAUCACUGUAUGUAUUUACCUUUGCCUUUAUAUUAAGCUUUUAAUAGCAUAAGAAUAUUUGUGCAGCUCACGCCGAUAUGAUCACAUCCAACCAGAUCCUACAAACCAUUUAUAUGUUAUUGUGAUCAUUAAAACCACUUUUAUAUAAAGAUUCAGCUAUGAACUAUUAAGUAUUUUUAACUAAUGUAUCCUAAAAAAAACUAACAAAUUAAAAAGUUUUAUAUUUUUACACAUUCUUACAAUUUAUGAUACUUUUAAAUGAAGUAAAUAAGUUUGUUUAACAUUAUCGAUUUGUCAGUACUAUUGUAUAAAGAUCUCUUUCAUUGCAGCAGUAUAAGCAGACGUGAUUGGUUAGUCACCGCUUGCACAUGGUGAGAUUUUUGAAUGUUAUUUGUUUAAUAAAGAAAACAUUCGUGAAUAUAUUCAGUCAUCUCACUACAAGCUGACUUUUACUGAUUUAACUUUGUGUGAAUGUGUGUUUUCAGGCUUUACUCUUAAACUUCACUUAAUUGUAUUUGAAAGGUUUGUGAAUGUGUUCAACUUUAACUGUCAUUUAUAUGAAAUUGUCAGUAUUAUUGUCUUCAAUAUCGAAGGUUGGUCAUUUUUUCCUCAGUUGUGGUUUGUGGGAAUUAUUCAAUUUCCAGACUUUUUGGAUUUAAAUUGUUCACUUGAAAUAAAAAUAUUAAAUAAUAAAACUUUAGAAAUACCAAA